AUGACUGCUCGCUCGACUGCCUCCAAGGCCGCCAGCGAGUACAGUGGGCAUUUGCAUUCACACGGCGCCGCCAGCUCGUCACAUCGCUCUCCAUCCAUCAUGCCUCCCGACGUGACGGCCUCCCCCUCCCCCCUAAUCGGCCACCCGUCAAGCCAGAUCAACGGCCUCCCCCGCCGAGCUGGCUACGCUAGAGGUCCCGCCCGUUCUACCCUACCGAUCUCUCUACACAAGCGUCUCAGGCGUUCGGGGUGCCCGUGGCCCCACAUCUCUCUAGCCCUUGAUAACACGCGGGUUGCAAGACCCAACUCAGCGUCUGACUCUAGCCUACCUAGCUGGCCCCCCUUCCCCGUCACCGCCAAGUCCACCCAUCCCAGGUCCGGAGUCUUGUUCCUCUAG